AUAAAUCGAGAAAAGUGUUAUUGCUUUAACAAACCAUAAGAUAAAAAUCAAUAAAUAAAGAUUUAUUUUGAAGACAACAAUUGAAAAAGAAAAAAUUAAUAAAUUUAACUUUAAUUUAUUGUUUGUGUUAAGUGAAUAAUUUAUUUAAUUUGUGAAAAGUGCAAUUUCAUUGUUUUAAAACAACUAAACGUAUUUAUAUAAAAAGUGCAUCUAUAUUUUUGUAUUAGUAAUAAAAAAAUAUAAAACAAAAACAAAAUGAAUACCGAAGAUUUUAGAAAAUACGGAAAACUUAUGAUCGAUUAUAUUUGCGAUUAUUCAGAUAAUAUUGAAAGUCGUGAUGUCGCGCCAACUUUAGAUCCUGGAUACCUCAAACAUUUGAUUCCUGACGAAGCGCCAAUUAAUGGAGAAAGCUUUGAAAAUGUGUUAGCAGAUGUGGAAGAUAAGGUCAUGCCUGGUGUUGUUCAUUGGAAUCAUCCGAAAUUUUUUGCAUAUUUUCCAGCUGGAAAUUCAUAUCCCUCGGUUUUAGGUGAUAUGUUGAGCAGUGCACUGGGUUCGAUUGGUUUCUCAUGGGCAUCUUGUCCAGCUUCAACAGAAUUAGAAACAAUUGUACUCGAUUGGUAUGCAAAGGCACUUGGUCUUCCAAAAGCUUUCAUAACCGAUUCACCUGGUAGUCGUGGUGGUGGUGCCUUACAAGGCUCAGCAUCCGAAUGUACUUUGGUUUGUAUGAUUGCCGCUCGAGCACGGGCUAUUCAAAGUCUUAAAGGCACGAAUAGCGAAUGUCAUGAUAGCGUAUUCCUCCCCCAAUUAAUUGCUUACGCUAGCAAAGAAGCCCAUUCGUCAAUUGAAAAAGCAGCCAAAAUGGCUUUGGUGAAAUUAAGACUGAUCGAUGCUGAUGAACAUGGUCGAUUAAGAGUUGAUCUUCUUCGUCAAGCUAUUCAAAAUGAUUUGAAUGCUGGUUUGAAGCCAUUCUUUGUUGUGGCAACAGUUGGAACAACAGGAGCUUGUGCUUUUGAUAAUUUGACAGAAGUCGGCAAAGUAUGCAGUGAAGUGCCAAGUAUUUGGUUCCAUGUCGAUGGAGCUUAUGCAGGAAACUCUUUUAUUCUCCCCGAAAUGAGAGUAUUUUCCAAGGGUCUUGAAUAUGCCGAUUCUUUCAACACCAAUCCCAAUAAAUUACUGCUGGUGAACUUUGACACUUCUGCAAUGUGGGUCAAGGAUGUUAUGACCCUCAAGACAGCUCUAAAUGUCAACCCUCUGUACCUUCAACAUGAACACGAUAAGGCAAUCGAUUAUAGACAUUACGGCAUACCGUUAAGUCGACGUUUUAGAGCUCUUAAAUUGUGGUUUGUCUUCCGUUCGUAUGGUAUCUCCGGACUUCAAGCGUAUAUUCGAAAUCAUGCAGCUUUGGCUAAGAAAUUUGAAAUGAUGGUUAGAAAGGAUGAACGGUUCGAGGUUCGAAAUGACGUUUAUCUAGGACUAGUGUGCUUUAGAUUAAGAGCUGCCGAUAAUAUCAACCAAGAGCUAUUGGCUCAAAUCAAUCACUCAGGCAAAAUGCAUAUGAUUCCGUCAAUGGUUAAUGGAAAAUAUGUCAUACGAUUCUGCGUCACAUACGAACACGCUACAGAGCAACACAUAAUCGAUGCAUGGACCCAGAUUAAGGCAUUUGCGAGCGAGGUUUUACUUGGUGCCCAAUUGGAAUUACCCGAAAAAGAAGUCAAGAUGCCAAACAAAAAACUCACACGAAACAAGUCACUGCGUUUCUCGUUCACUCGCAGCAUAUCCCGAGAAAUAUACGAAAGCCAAGGAGAUCACCUCAAGGAUGGAUGUACACCGAUACUAGUUGUGGAUUCGGGGGCUAUUACACAGAGUUUCAUAAAAGCUAUGGAAAAUGCGAGUAAGCUAAAUGAAAUCGCUGAUGUGGACACGGACGAAGCUAGUAAUUGAUUUACAUAGACUAUACGUAGAAAAAAAAUAAACCUACACAUAAAUAUAGGCUUCGAAUAGUAUUUAAUUAAACGUACAAUUAAUUUUAAAAUCUAAUUUAUUUGCAAUGAAAGCAACACACUACAUUUAUACAUACUAUUAUGUUCCUGCACAUCAGUAUCUAGUACAUACAUAUUAUAUGAAUUUAUUUAUUUACAUAUUUGUUAUUGUUACUAAUUCAUUUAAGCGCGUGCAUCCUUGACAUUUUUGUAUAUUGCAUUAUUAAGUUUUUUUAUAUAUAUAUAUUUUAAUGUGUAAAUAUGAUAAGAAUCUCUUUAAGUAGAAAAUAAAGACCAACUAAAAUCAA